AGAUGGGGUUUCACCAUGUUAGCCAGGAUGGUCUCGAUCUCCUGACCUCGUGAUCCACCCGCCUCGGCCUCCCAAAGUGCUGGGAUUACAGGCGUGCGCCACCGCGCCCGGCCUACACUUCCAUUUUUAUGUCGUCAGCUACUUAUGGCUCCAAGGAAGCUUGGGAAACAUAUACGUUGCCUUUAGGAAUAAAACAGUGUUCUGUGCAUAAGGAGAAGGGGAGAUGAAUACGGGCCAGUUGCAGCCUCUGCCCCAGAAGGUGACCUGGAAGCCAGGCAGAAGCUCCACGCUAUGAUGAGGAGCUCUGCCUACUGACUCACAGCAGUAAGGUCAGGUUGAAGUGGGGUUUCCAGCCGGCUAAGGCCAGAAACCUGGACUGAAAUUAGGGGUGAAGCCAAAACAGCAAAUAGGAAGAAAAGCUGGGGGCAGAGGCUUCCAGGAGACCCAAUCAGAACCAAGAACGUGGGAGGUGGGGGGCCAAGGUCAGAACCAGCCAAGAGGGGGUGGAGAAACAUCGUGGUCCAGCUGGUGGCCAGAAGUCAGGGUUGGCAGGAGAGGCAGAGCAGAGUGUUCCUAGGAGCCGAGCAGGUCUGCUGGGCUCUGGUCUGAUGAUGGCAUCUCUCCCCACACCUGGAACUGGAUCACAGGUUCAGCCCCGCACGUCCAGCCUGCCUACCACCCCACAGGGUCUUGACCCCAUUUGCUAUAAAUGAUACACAGAUAGUGAUGGCUGCUGUACGCGGGAUGAAAAAUUAACAACACCUAGGGAGAUCUUUACAUGGUGACCUUAAAAUAAACCUGCAGAUUUGACUACAUACUUUCACAUCCCCAAUUUCUUUAACCCAUGUGACCUCCCACAAGCCUGAAGAGAGAACAAAAUAAAAUUCUUUAUGGGUGACAGUCAUGAGCUGUGCUUGGCUCCAAAAACCCGACUAAAGAUGUAACAAGGUGUGGUGUUGGGCGCAUUUAUCCUGUGUUAACUUCCUAUGUUAACGUGCUGUGACACCAGAGGUGUGCAUCCUCGAGUGUGAAGAGAAGGUCUUCCCCAGCCCCCUCUGGACUCCAUGCACCAAGGUCAUGGCCAGGAGCUCUUGGCAGCUCAGCCCUGCCGCCCCAGAACAUGUGGCGGCUGCUCUCUACCAGCCGAGAGCUUCGGAGAUGCAGCAUCUGCGGCGAAUGCCCCGAGUCCGGAGCUUGUUCCAGGAGCAGGAAGAGCCCGAGCCUGGCAUGGAGGAGGCUGGUGAGAUGGAGCAGAAGCAGCUGCAGAAGAGAUUUGGGGGCUUCACCGGGGCCCGGAAGUCGGCCAGGAAGUUGGCCAAUCAGAAGCGGUUCAGUGAGUUUAUGAGGCAAUACUUGGUCCUGAGCAUGCAGUCCAGCCAGCGCCGGCGCACCCUGCACCAGAAUGGUAAUGUGUAGCCGGAAGGGGCGCUCCUCCCAGCUGUACCGGCCACUGCAACCCAUGAGCGUCCAGGUGAUCCCCCAAACAGCAUGUGCCCAGCCCCAGACCUGCCGCCUGGGAAUCAGGAUUCCUUCUUCCCCAAGGCACUGAGCGCCUGCAGAUCCGGCAGGCUUCGUUUGCCUCCAGAACCUUCCCGUCUGAUUGUUCCUCCCCAGCCCCCUGGCAUGUUUCACCACAACCCUGUUGCUACAUCAGAGUGUAUUUUUGUAAUUCCUCUAGCUACCAUUUCAAUAGCCCCAUCUCUCCUGCUCACCCGCCUCUUGCCCCUUCUAGGGGCAGGUGAAAGGAAUAGGAAAUUGAACCUGGGGUUUUGACUUGCCACUGCCAUAACUUGUUUGUAAAAGAGCUGUUCUUUUUGACUGAUUGUUUUAAACAACGAUUUCUCCAUUAAACUUCUACUGAGCAAAUGGUUAAUAAA